UGUUCAGCUGGGUUAGUAAAGACGCCCGCAGGAAAAAGGAGCCCGAACUCUUCCAGACGGUGGCCGACGGCCUCCGCAAACUCUAUCAGCAGAAGCUGCUUCCUCUGGAGGAGACCUACCGCUUCCAUGACUUCCACUCCCCGGCCCUGGAGGAUGCCGACUUUCACAACAAGCCCAUGGUGCUGCUGGUGGGCCAGUACAGUACGGGGGAAGACCACCUUCAUCCGACACCUCAUGGAGCAAGACUUCCCCGGCAUGAGGAUCGGGCCCGAGCCCACUACAGACUCCUUCAUCGCAGUCAUGCACGGCCCUGUAGAGGGGGUCCUGCCCGGGAACGCGCUGGUCGUCGACCCCAAGAAACCCUUCAGGAAGCUCAGCGCCUUCGGGAACGCCUUCCUCAACAGGUUCAUGUGUGCACAACUGCCAAAUCCUGUCCUAGAGAGCAUUAGCAUCAUAGACACGCCAGGCAUAUUGUCUGGGGAGAAGCAGCGAAUCAGCCGAGGCUAUGACUUUGCUGCAGUCCUGGAGUGGUUCGCGGAGCGAGUGGAUCGUAUCAUUCUGCUCUUUGAUGCCCACAAGCUGGAUAUAUCAGAUGAGUUUUCUGAAGUUAUCAAAGCUCUCAAAAACCAUGAAGAUAAAAUCCGUGUUGUGCUUAACAAGGCAGAUCAAAUCGAAACCCAGCAGCUUAUGAGAGUAUAUGGAGCCCUCAUGUGGUCAUUGGGCAAGAUAAUCAACACACCAGAGGUGGUUCGUGUGUACAUUGGUUCAUUCUGGUCCCAUCCACUGCUCAUACCAGACAAUCGUAAACUGUUUGAAGCUGAGGAACAAGACUUGUUCAAGGACAUACAGUCACUGCCAAGGAAUGCUGCUCUUCGCAAGCUAAAUGACCUCAUUAAAAGAGCUAGGCUGGCCAAGGUCCAUGCCUAUAUUAUCAGUGCAUUAAAAAAAGAAAUGCCAAAUGUAUUCGGGAAAGACAAUAAGAAGAAGGAGCUUAUUAACAACCUUGGUGAAAUCUAUAUGAAAAUUGAAAAGGAGCAUCAGAUUUCUCCUGGAGACUUUCCAAACAUUAAGAAAAUGCAGGAAGUUUUAAUGACACAGGAUUUCGCCAAGUUCCAGUCCUUGAAGCCAAAAUUGCUGGACACAGUAGAUGACAUGCUGGCCAAUGACAUUGCACGGCUUAUGGUCAUGGUACGGCAGGAAGAAUCCCAAAUGACAAACCAGGUCGUUAAAGGUGGUGCAUUUGAAGGAACCAUGAAUGGUCCGUUUGGCCAUGGCUAUGGUGAGGGAGCUGGAGAAGGCAUCGAUGACCUAGAAUGGGUAGUAGGCAAAGAUAAACCAACGUAUGAUGAAAUCUUCUAUACUCUUUCACCUGUCAAUGGAAAGAUCACCGGUGCCAGUGCAAAGAAAGAAAUGGUGAAGUCCAAACUUCCCAACACAGUGCUGGGUAAAAUCUGGAAGUUGGCAGAUGUGGACCGUGAUGGGCUUCUUGAUGAUGAAGAAUUUGCCUUAGCAAACCACUUAAUAAAAGUAAAGCUAGAAGGUCAUGAAUUGCCAGCUGAGCUACCUUCACAUUUAGUUCCACCUUCAAAACGUAGAGGGGAAUAA